AUGAAGAUGAAAACCAGCUGGCUGCGAAUCCUGGUGGUGGUCUCGGUGUGUGCCUCACUUGCCAGCCACGUUGACGCAGCCAACCUGUUGGUUUUCUUCCCACUCCCAGCCAGAAGCCACUGGUUUGCUCUGAGGCCACUCAUCGCAGAGCUUUCCAACAGAGGACACCACAUCACAUUAGUGAUAUCUGAAGUGGAGAAGGACCUGCCCGAUAACUGGGAGAUCAUAAGAGUUCCAGUGAUUCUUCCACCGACCGAUGGGAAUCGAAAUGCAUUCCAGACACAAAGUGCCAUGGUAAACGGUUGGGUGAUAUAUACCUUCUUGAGCUACAUGGGUUCAGAGAUGUGUGAGAAAUACUUGCAGCUUGAAGUCUUCCAAAAUCUGAUACACACAAAAGAAAGGAAAUUCGACCUCCUUCUCAUGGAAUUCUUCAUGAAUGAAUGCCUAAUAGCCUACUCUCACAAAUUCAGUGUUCCUGUGGUUGCUCUGUCUUCUUUUGGUGGAUUUCCCAUGACAACCGAUGUAGUUGGCGACCCAUAUAUGCCAUCAUAUGUUCCUGAUACUAUGUUCGAGUAUACGGACCAAAUGACCUUCUGGCAACGAUUAAAGAACGCUUUGUUAGUGACGUACGCAAGAUUCAUUUACAGUCAUUGGUACUAUCCGAAACUUGAUAAAACCGUUCACAAAUAUUUCAAUGAUCCAACGAUGCCAAGUGUGUCAACCCUGCUGACCAACACGUCUCUGGUGAUCCUUCAGAGUCACGUCAGCUUCAGUUACCCUCGACCUCAUGUUCCCAACGUGAUUGAGACCGGAGGAAUGCAUAUCCAAGAACCAAAGGCGCUACCAAAGGAUCUAAAGAAACUAAUGGACGCCGCAGAGGACGGCAUCAUAUUUUUCAGUAUGGGUUCUGCCGUAAAGAGCGCAGAUUUUCCAGAGGAGAAGCUCCACGCCUUUAUACGUGCGUUCUCCAAGCUGAAACAACUCGUCCUUUGGAAGUGGGAGAACGACACGAUGCCUGGAAAACCAUUGAAUGUACAUCUGAGCAAUUGGUUUCCCCAGUCUGAUUUGUUAGCCCACAAGAACAUGAGAUUGUUCAUGUCUCACGGAGGGCUGCAGAGCACUCUGGAAGCGACGGCACGAGGAGUUCCGCUGAUCGGGAUGCCAGUAAUGGCUGAGCAACGUUACAAUGUCCAGCGGGCCGUCAAGCACGGUUACGGGAUCAGACUGGAUCUCACCAACGUAACUGCCCAGUCUGUGGAGUGGGCUGUUUACGAAGUUUUAAAUAACCCAAAGUACCGCGAGAAAGCGGAGCUGCGCUCCCGCCUGUUCUGGGACCGUCCAGAGAGCGCUGUGGAGACGGCCGUCUACUGGACAGAGUACGUGCUGAGGCACCGGGGAGCCCCCCACCUGCGCAGCGCCGCCCUCGACCUCAGCUGGUACCAGUACCUCCUGCUGGACGUCGCUGCACUGCUGCUGUCUGGAGCACUCCUGCCACGUUAUCUCCUGUUCACUAUGAGAAAGCAAUAUAAACCACUCCAUUUUCCACCGGCUGAUACAAAUAUACAGGCCUUGCAUCACACAGCAGUAGUCUUUUUACUGCACUUUCUACAGGCCACGGCGCUGCUUCUCUAUAAGAUGAAGGGUGGCUGGCUUCUUGCUCUGGUGAUAUCCACGGCGUGUGGCUUGUUCGUUAGCCAUGUGAACGCGGCGAAUGUGUUGGCCCUUUUCCCCCUGCCAGCUAGGAGUCACUGGUUUUCGCUGAAACCGCUCAUCACUGGGCUGUCCGAAAGAGGCCACAACAUCACCCUGCUGAUAACCGAGUCAGAGGAAGAUAUACCUCAAAACUGGGACGUCAUCAGGAUUCCAAUGGUAUUUCCAAUGACCUUGAUGAAACAAGACAUGAUGAAACUAAGCUCAACGAAAGGCAUGAAACUAUAUGAUAUAUUCAUUGACGCUGGCAUCGAAAUGUGUGAAAAACUCUUGCCACUGGAAGCAGUUCAAAAACUGAUGAAUACAAAAGAGAGAAAGUUCGACCUGCUUGUCAUGGAAUACUUCUUCAUGAACGAUUGCUUCUUAGGUUUCUCACACAAAUUCAAUGUGCCCGUGGUCGCCUUGUCUUCUGUUGGAGGAUUUCACUGGGUAACAGAUGCAGUUGGCGAGCUAUGCACGCCAUCAUACAUUCCUGAUAUUUUUAGCGACUUUACAGACCACAUGACUUUCUGGCAGCGUUUAGAAAACACCGUGGCUCUAUCGUACGCAAGGUACGUUUAUAAUUAUCGCUACUUACCGAAAAUUGACGAAAUUGUCGAGAAAAAUUUCAAAGAUCCUACGAUGCCUCGGCUGUCAGCGCUGAGAGCCAACACGUCACUGAUAAUCGUUCAAAGCCACGUGAGCUUCAGUUAUCCCCGACCUCACUUACCCAAUGUGAUUGAGACCGGCGGAAUGCACAUCCAGCAACCAAAGCCACUACCACAGGACUUAAAGAAUGUAAUGGACAACGCAAGAGACGGAGUAAUAUUCUUCAGCAUGGGAUCUUUAAUAAAAAGUGCAGAUUUUCCACAGGAGUGGGUUCAAACCUUCCUCACAGUCUUUUCUAAACUCAAGCAACAGGUCCUGUGGAAAUGGGAAAACGACACCAUGUCUGGGAAACCAGCAAAUGUGCAUCUGAGAAAAUGGUUUCCGCAGUCUGACUUGCUAGGUCACGAAAACGUGCAGCUUUUCAUCUCCCAUGGGGGACUGCAGAGUUCUUUGGAAGCGACCGCUAGAGGUGUUCCGGUGAUCGGUAUGCCAGUUGCUGCCGAACAGCGCUAUAACGUCCAGAGGAUCACCAGCUAUGGAUACGGCAUCAGACUAGAUCUGCAGAACAUCAGUGUUCAGUCCGUGGAGUGGGCUGUUAAUGAAGUUUUAAACAACCCAACAUACCGCGAGAACGCAAAGCUGCGGUCCCGCCUGUUCUGGGACCGUCCGGAGAGCCCUGUGGAGACGGCAGUCUACUGGACAGAGUACGUACUGAGGCACCGGGGAGCCCCACACCUGCGCAGCGCCGCCCUCGACCUCAGCUGGUACCAGUACCUCCUGCUGGACGUCGCUGCCCUGCUUCUGUCUGGAGCGCUCCUGGUGCUUAUACUUGCUGCCGUGGCUCUCAGGACACUCUACAGGCUAAUCACAGCAAGAACUUCUGCGUCACACCAACAGAAGAAAAAGAAAACAACGAAGAAGGAGUGAAGAAGUCUGCAGCUAACAGUGUCUCUAUGUACUCUCGGAACUCAACGUAAAUAGGGUCAUCACCUGCCGAUACAGUGCGUCCGCCAUCUCUUAGAGGCUACUCACAACACUGGCCGUUUAGUCUCCAUGCGUUUUCACAUCAAACUUGUUUCUGUCCUCUUUAACAUCUCUCUUAAUUUAUUGUUUGAUAUUAUUCUGCUGGACUGUAGGUGUCUCGAAAUUCUAGUCACUCAUACGACUAAUGGUAGGGGGGUGUACAGAGGAAUGCUCACCAACCAAUGUAGUAUUGAGAAACCGGGAAGCCCUUUUAACACUGAUAUUAUGCUAUUAUACUAUACUUUAGGUGUUUAUUAAUUUCCCGGUGUCAACGUGGAAAGAGAGAGCACCAGACAGAUAUGACAUGACAAACACAUUAACCAUGAACUUUCUGAUUUAAGUACUUUUAUCAAUAAAUAGCCGAAGUCUUGUAUAAUUAAAGAACGAUUAUGUGACUGCCGUAGUGAGAUACGAGUUUGACGUUAAUAUCAAUAUGCACUUGGCUUUAUAUAUUUUUACCAGAGACAGCGAAAUUGUUUUUCCAGAUAUAGGGGUAAUCUAUGAUGAACUGUAACAAGUUUCUGACAUGAAACAUCUCUUGUUCUACAGGAACAAAAUACUCGUCACAAUUUUCGUGUCUAGACAGUUUUCUUUUAAAUUACUAUUACUCUUACACUUCUUAAAAACCUAACAUUAAUUUAGGGAAAGGCAUAUUUCUUCCAUCAGUUGUAGAGUUGUGUGUUUUUUCUCUAUCAGUUUAGAUUGUUAGUCGUCUUUACAGAAGUAAAACUGUGUACCUCAAUUGAUCAAACAUACAUUUUCGUCAUAUAUGAGACAACCAAAUGCGGAACCUAUGUAACUGUCAUAGUUUGUCUUAAUAUACACCUUCCAAACGCGCUGUGCCUUGCCGUAAUUACAGUAACUCACACUUGGUGAUAACUCCAUACUUAAUAUUAAUA